CGAUGCUUUUACAGCUCUUCUGAGAACAACAAACCAGAACGCAAACAAUAACAACAUAAAAAACAUAAAAGAUGCUAUUGCGCGGGUGAAUCAUCGCUAAAUAAGCAACAAUCACUUCCUAAAGGCGAACUUGGCGAAGGCAGCACCGGGGGCACGCGAACGACCCCUCAAACAUGUCGUCGGAUGCAAUUUCAACGGAAUGUGCGCACCUGGUGGUGUUCAAACAGUUUCUGGCUGCAACGGCGGAAAAGGCGGCUGCCACAAGCGAAGAGGCUACAAGUCGUAAUUGUGUAACCCGCACGAAUAAUGACACCUACAAAGUUUCCAGCGAGGAGCGCCACGCUGAAUUGGUUUCGUCGAUUUGGCAGCAGUUGGUGUUGCGGGGGUGCCCGGAAGUGUUCCGGGUAAAGCUGCUUCAUCAAUCAGUGCUGCAAGUGGAACAUGAUCUAUGCUACGCCAAGGAGUGCGAGGUCUCCGGAGAGGGUCCCCUCCAAUAUGACCUUCUCAGGCUGCAAAAGUUUGCUGCAAGCGAGUUGGAAAAGUUUCUCAUCAAGCUCACCGACAACUCUGAGAUGGAGCGCCUCAAGGAUUAUGCCGAUGAGGGUACUAUCUGUCAGAUAGCCUCAGAAUGUAUGGGCCACGUGGAUGUUGAUUCUUGUCACACGUCCGCCGCUGUGAAAAACAAGCCCAGAAAAAUGGAGGAUCGUCACCUCUGCCUGGAACGAUUUGGAGCCAUAUUUGGGCUGGAAGACAAGGAUUCUCGUUUUUUUGGGGUAUUUGAUGGCCAUUCCGGCUCCCUCUCCGCUAGCUAUGCGACCAGUCAGCUUCCCCAGCUGUUGGCGGAUCAGCUUAAAGCCAAUCCGGAAUCCUCUACCUCCCACUCCUGUGACUUGUAUCGUGAUGCUUUUGAGUCGGCCUUUCUCCUGGCAGAUGAUCGCUUUACGCAGAAGAAAAUAACCAGUGGUACCACUAGUGUUUGUGCCCUUAUCACGAAGGCCCAACUCUGCAUAGCUUGGGUAGGGGACUCGAAGGCUCUCUUGGUGGGCAAAAGAACUCAACUGCAGCUGGUGAAACCGCACAAACCAGAGAAUCCGGAUGAGAAAAGGAGAAUAGAAGCAGCGGGCGGCUCAGUUAUCCACGCACAGGGUCAGUGGAGGGUGAACGGCAUACUAAACGUGGCCCGCUCCAUUGGCGAUUACUGUUUGGAUGCAGUCAUUGCGGAGCCCGAUUUUGUUGAUGUGCAGCUGAAUGAGGCUCAUGAUUUCCUGGUCCUCGGGACCGAUGGCCUGUGGGAUCAUGUAUCCGAGACUUUUGUCAUUGACACCGUUUACGAAUCCCUAGCCGAUCCUACAAUGAAGCUGGACGACAUUCCCAAGCUGCUAAUAGAGGCCGCCAAGGAGAACGAUUCCCAGGACAAUAUCACAGCUGUAGUGGUACUACUGAAACCGAGAAUACAAAUCGGCAAUGAUUAGGAUGCGGAGAGAAGCCUUAAUAGACUGCAGCUGGAGCUACGGAAAUCCAAACAUCGAAGUUUCUCAAGUGUUACCCGCUCUGGGUGGGUAUAGGAAGUGGAGAAAUUCACCCUUUCCAAAUCAAAUCUUAACAUUAUAUUCGACAUUAUUAUGUUCUUUACCAGCCACCCAUUCGGACACAUUUUUGUUAUUUUGUUGAAGUGUAAAUAACUCAAAACGUCGACACCUUAUUGACAUAUUCUCACGUGCCUAGCGUGGUCCUUGGACCGGGGAUUGUCCGGCCAGGCCACUUGUUUGGUUGCUCUUGAAUAAGCUCAAUCAAAAUAAAUUAAGGUUGGUUAAGCAGAUGGGAAGGUUUUCCAAAGAAGAUCCAAGUUUUUGAGGCAGCUGUUAACCGACACAAAAUUAACACACAAAA